CCCUUCUUGGAAGCUUGGUAGUCCAUGUCCCCCAAAUAUUCAAUGGCUUGGGGUGCUGGCCAAAACCUGUCCACACCUGGACCUUUCAUCUUGCUGGGCUUCCCUGGGCCACGGAGCCUGCGCAUUGGGCUUUUCCUACUUUUCCUGGUCAUGUAUCUGCUCACAGUAGCUGGAAACCUAGCCAUCAUCUCUCUGGUAGGAGCACACAGAGGCCUGCAGACACCCAUGUACUUCUUCCUCUGCAACCUCUCCUUCCUGGAGAUCUGGUUCACCACAGCCUGUGUGCCCAAGACCCUGGCCACUUUUGUUCCCCUGGGUGGAGCUGUCUCCUUGGCUGGCUGCGCCACACAGAUGUACUUCGUCUUUUCUCUGGGUUGUACCGAGUACUUCUUGCUGGCUGUGAUGGCUUAUGACCGCUACCUGGCCAUCUGCCUUCCACUACGCUAUGGUGGCAUCAUGACACCUGGGCUGGCAACACGGUUGGCUCUGGGAUCCUGGCUGUGUGGCUUUUCUGCAAUCACAGUGCCAGCUGUCCUCAUUGCCCGCCUCUCCUUCUGUGGCUCACGUGUCAUCAACCAUUUCUUCUGUGACAUUGCACCCUGGAUAGUGCUGUCCUGCACUGACACACAGGUGGUGGAGCUGGUGUCCUUUGGUAUUGCCUUCUGUGUCAUUCUGGGCUCAUGUGGUAUCACUCUGGUUUCUUACGCCUACAUCAUCACUACCAUCAUCAAGAUUCCCUCUGCUCAGGGCCGGCACCGUGCCUUCUCAACCUGCUCAUCCCACCUCACAGUGGUGCUUAUUUGGUAUGGCUCCACCAUAUUCUUGCAUGUGAGGACCUCGGUAGAGAGCUCCUUGGACCUCACCAAGGCUAUCACAGUGCUCAACACCAUUGUUACACCAGUGUUGAACCCUUUCAUAUAUACCCUGAGGAACAAGGAUGUGAAGGAGGCUCUGCGCAGAACAGUGCAGGGAAAGUGA